AGAAAAUCUUCGAUCUUAUUUUGCCUCGUGCAUCUAGAAUAUUUUCUGUUUCUCCCUUUCUAAAUGCUUUUCCUUGCAAAACAUGUGCUUGGUGUGGAGCUUUUUCCCGAGCACGCCAAGUGGAAUAAUACUUCAGGGGAGCAGCAUGGUUCAGCUAAAACCUUCGCGGAAAAGCGAGAAGAAGUUGACCAGAUACUGCACUUUUUUGAAACCGAGUUGGAAAACAAAUACGAGGGGUAUUUGUCUUCGUCGUCGGGGAGCAGCGGGGGUGAGGAGGAGGAACAUAACGGAAGGAAAGCCUCCACAACGGCGAGAGCGCCUGCAUCUGCCGUAACGCAAGACAAAGCUGAUGCCAGCAACCCCAGCACAUCAUCAUCUUCAUCGUCCUCUCCCACCAACGAGGAUGCGACGGCAGGUACUAUGAAAACGCGACUAGUACCAGCGAAGACCACGAGGAGGUUCAAACGGCACAAGCUAGCCUCCCUGCGCACAGAUUACUACAACGCGAUCAAUGCGGCCGAUUUUUCCGACGAGGUUUUGACCAAUUUGAUCGAGGACGAGUACCUGAUCGCCAAGAAACUGACCCAGGCAAUCCAGAACGACGAGAUUCCAAGAAUUAAGAAUGCGCGGGCCGACUUGGUGAAAACGGUGGACGCGGUGCUGAAGGCCGUGGAGUACCAAGUCGUGGCGAAGAACGUCCCGCCGAUACUGCUCGCUCUCAACGGACACGACGUCCGCGAGUUGAACCGCCAAGCAGAUUUAGCCGGAGCGGUCUCCAACUGCCGGGACUGCUACCACGAGUUUUUGGAGGUGCUGGCUACGGAUUGGAUCCCACUUGUCGGCAAAAUCGCGGACAAGAUUAAUAAGGCAAGCAACUUCGCAAUCUCGGCGGAGCACAGGGAUUUUCUCGCGAAGGGGUGUUGUGGGGCGAAGGGGUUCUACUCCGGGCUGAAAAUCCUGACAACUUCGGUAGUUCUUGGAUCAGCGUCUGCGAAAGCCUCAAACAAAUCUUCGUCCAAGGCCAGUGCUAGUAGUUCUUCGUCUGCGCGUGCUGCUCGUGGUCUGUCCAAAACCAACACCGGCCCGGAUUCCUGGCUUUCCCUGCUCACGCGGAUGGCAACAUCAUCUUCAAGGGCAACAGGAGCUGCUACAUCCUCGACAGCUUCUUCGUUCUCCUCGUCAAGCGAGACACAACGACCUGCAGAUCAUGACAAUCUGGGGGAAGAUAUCCUAUGUAAAAACGUCCCCACCCCAUAGUCAAGAUGGGGAAUCGGCUAGACAAGUCCACGAGUUUUGGCUGUUUCGCAUGACAGAUUUGGAUUCGUAGUGUAGUGCUUUUUGAGCUAGCUUAGCAGCAUCACAGACCUAGCAACUCAUGCUGAUUGGAGCAUGACAAAUUCCAAAACACGGAUAGAAAGUGCUUCUCAUGGGGCUCCGCAUGAGAAACAUUUUCAGCAUGCAGAUUUGCAUGAAAAAUAUGUGCUGGGGACGUUUUUAAAUACGAUAGAAGAAGACCACUUAACUGCCGCAGCGGAGAUUUUUCACAAGUUCCUCAGAGACGAGGCGAUCUUCUCGCAGGUGUUAGAGCAUCAUUUAUCGUACGGAAAAAUCCCCCCUCCCCAUACUGAAUAGGUAUAUUUUUGGAAAUUUCUGAUGCUGAUUUGUGGCCACAAACCGUGUCUGUAUUGCAAGACAGCAACUCCGCAGGCUCCGCCGCACUAUGCCGGCGGCUUGUCAUGCUGUUGGGCCUACAGUGCGGCUGUUUUUCAUGCUAAACGCCUAGGCCAGAGCCUCCCUGCUCACACUUGGUAUGGGCCUGCAGUGCUCUCCAGCAAGACCGCUCGGAUUUGUGUACACGAACCCAGCUUCAGAAGUAUCGUUUUGAUGUUGGGGGGGAUUUUUCCUUUUGAUAUCAUUCCCGGUCCAAGGAGAUUAACCCUCUGAACCUAAACCCGUCCUUUCUCCAGUUUGUGCAGCACAACGUCGUAAGCAACUUGCUGCAGACGUUCUCGAAACUGUUCACGAUCCUGAACAGCUAUUUGAACCAGCUCCGGCUAGACAUCGGCGACCGCAAAGCGAAGCGGAAUUUCAACGAGAUGAGAAGAAAGGAAAUCGCCGUGGAAUUGCGGCCGAUGAUUGAACACGUCAUGCUCAGGCGAUUUUUGGCGAGGGGGGCGGAGGAAUUUGCAGAAGCGGCAGCAAGGGCGAACGGCGUUCAACAAAGCAGAGGUGCAAGAACAGAUGAGGCAAAGAUGAAGUACACUCAGGCUGGACCUGGUAGUAACAAGGACCAUGAUCAUGAUAGUCGAAGUUGUACUGCAGGUGGAAGUGCGGAGAUUCCGAAAAAUCUAGACAGUAGCAUCACAGCCACGACGACUCGAAGACGAAAACGGUAUACAGACGCCGAGUUGUCUGCUCUGCUCAACGACGAUUAA